UUCUGGCCCCUGCAUGACGAUAAGCACCAUGCGCUCCCUGCCUCAGACAGGGGUCGAUGCACCCACCCGCUGAGCAGGGAGGAUGCCAAGCCCAGAGGCCCUGCUCACACCCUCUCCUCUUAUUUCCUUCCAGCUUCACUGAGGAGGAAGAUGUGUGACCAGACCUUUUUAGUGAAUGUGUUUGGCUCCUGUGACAAAUGCUUCAAACAGAGAGCCCUGAGACCGGUAUUCAAGAAAUCCCAGCAACUCAGCUACUGCUCGACAUGUGCAGAAAUUAUGGCCACGGACGGGCUGCACGAGAGCGAGACGCUGGCGGCGCUGCGCAGCGAGGCGGAGAGCCUGAAGGGCAGGCUGGAGGAGGAGCGCGCCAAGCUGCACGACGUGGAGCUGCGCCAGGUGGCGGAGCGAGUGGAGGCGCUGGGCCAGUUCGUCAUGAAGACCAGGCGGACCCUCAAGGGCCACGGGAACAAGGUGCUGUGCAUGGACUGGUGCCGGGACAAGAGGCGGAUCGUGAGCUCCUCCCAGGACGGGAAGGUGAUCGUGUGGGAUUCCUUCACCACCAACAAGGAGCACGCGGUGACCAUGCCCUGCACCUGGGUGAUGGCCUGCGCCUACGCCCCGUCUGGAUGCGCCAUUGCCUGCGGGGGCCUGGAUAACAAGUGCUCUGUGUACCCGCUGACCUUUGACAAGAACGAGAACAUGGCAGCCAAGAAGAAGUCGGUGGCCAUGCACACCAACUACCUGUCGGCCUGCAGCUUCACCAACUCCGACAUGCAGAUCCUGACGGCCAGCGGCGAUGGCACCUGCGCUCUGUGGGACGUGGAGAGCGGGCAGCUGCUGCAGAGCUUCCAUGGGCAUGGGGCCGACGUGCUGUGCCUGGACCUGGCGCCCUCGGAGACCGGGAACACCUUCGUGUCCGGGGGCUGUGACAAGAAGGCCAUGGUAUGGGACAUGCGUUCUGGCCAGUGCGUGCAGGCCUUCGAGACUCACGAGUCAGACAUCAACAGCGUCCGGUACUACCCCAGUGGGGACGCCUUCGCCUCAGGCUCAGACGAUGCCACAUGUCGCCUCUAUGACCUUCGGGCAGACAGGGAGGUGGCCAUCUACUCCAAGGAGAGCAUUAUCUUCGGAGCGUCCAGCGUGGACUUCUCCCUCAGCGGUCGCCUGCUGUUUGCCGGCUACAAUGACUACACCAUCAAUGUGUGGGACGUGCUCAAGGGCACACGAGUCUCCAUCCUGUUUGGACACGAGAACCGAGUCAGCACCCUGCGCGUGUCUCCUGACGGCACAGCCUUCUGCUCAGGGUCCUGGGACCACACCCUUCGGGUCUGGGCUUAGCGCUCCCUCGAGAUACAGCAGACGGGGCAGCAAGUGACGGCUCUGCCAGGACCCGGUUGGGAUGAGCUCAGGUUCCCUGCAGUCUGCCUGAGGAUGCCUUUCCAGGGUCAGUGUCAGAGCCACUGCCCAGUCACACGUCAGGGCACCAUGCCAACACCUUUAACUUCAGUAUUGCUCACGUUGGACCCUUGAAGUUUGUCCGUUGCUAAGAUUCUUCUGACUUUAUUAGUCCAGUCCCUGUUCCUCGCGAAUCUGGCACUUAGGAUAUCCCGUGCAGGUUCUGGCCCAUGGGGUGCCCGUGGGAGCCCUAGGAGAAGUAGAUCCCAGUUCUGAAUGUAAGCAGACAGCAUCACUUUUAAAAACAU